UUAAGAUAAAGAGACGAAAAAAACUUCCCUUAGGUAACGACUGUGGCACAGACAGAAAAUGGAUCUCUACAACUCGUAUAGAGCGGAUGCGCGGUUCCGCAAGAUGAAGCAGCGCGCAGACGUUUUCGUCGGAAAUCGCGAACUUUCUCUCUCCGCUUCGGCCGGGGUGACGAACCUCGAAGUUCCGUUUUCUUUACAGUUCAAGCGUUUGGCCGUCGAUGGCGAUGCGACUUUGGGCGGUUUCUUUGUCCAGCUCUGUGGAAGCUGUAGCGUCGUCGGGGCAGGCGCCACAAAGACGAACCACGGAGUGAAUGCUGGAGCAAGAACUCCGUCCUCUCCGCUAAAUGGAUACGGUGGUACUUCUAGCGGAUCCUCAGAGGCAGUCAUCUUCACAAGUGGAACUCUGAGCAGCGCUAGCGGUGGAAAGCGCGCCUUCCUGGAGUUCCGUGGCGCGGACGCGGCUGCAGUCAGCCUUAUAUACAAAACGCACGGUGGUCAGAGCCUGCAUGUACACCUGAUGCAGGAACGCGGUUCGCUUUUGACCGCUCUACUUUAAGGAUGCUGAUAUGAAAUCUUCUAGUUCUAGCUAGUACAAGAACUGAAGAUUCUUCAAACAACAUUGUAAUUGGUGUAACUUCUACACACUUAACGAAUUUUUUUGGACUAGGUCAGAAGUGUAGCAGACGAGUCACUUAAUUAUAUUUCAUCUUUUUAUUUCAAAGACCUCUCAAUUCUUCUACUGUCUACCCUGAGCGAUUCGUAUGUGUGACUCUUUUUCUGAGAAAUCUUCAGUCCCCCGCCCGCGCCAUAUGCUGCCUUGCUGCCAAGGCGACCGAGCGUCAAAAGGGACGGCGCGUAGUGGGAAGGUUGUCGGGACGUGCAAAAUCAAUCUUGGGCUGACACUGAAAGACCUAUUGGCGAACGAAGGCGCCCAGCCGGUCAAAGUGCUACCCAUUUUCGGAUCGGGUGGAGUCCGCGUCGGGGAGCUGCAUUGUGCGUUCGCCACACCGAACAUUGGCACGCUUUCGAAUUCAACGGAGUUGCUCCUGCACGCUUUGAUUGCGAAUGCCGAGGCGGAGCCGGAGUGCCUGCAGGCCGCGCUGGAUAUUUUGGAGGACGGCGAGGGACUAAACGUGCAUGGCUAUCGGGAGCCCGCAUGCGGAAAUAGCCUGUUGCACGUAGCCUGCCACCACGGACAGUCACGCAUCGCCAUGCUGCUAAUCGACGAAUACCAGAUGCCUCUGCAGCUUCAGAACCGCAACGGGCAGACACCCAUUGUCGCUGCAAUCAGCAAUUAUAAGGAUGACAGUACGAAGAUGAAUGCUAGUGGAGUAAGUGCUACAAGAAAAACAUCUUCGACGAGCUUGCGUCAGAAUGUAAGUCUCGCAUGCACGCUGGCGCUGCGAAUCGGGGAAGUCCAAGCGUUAUUCGAUGCGGUGGAUGGGGCUCAAAAGCUGGGUCUUCUCGAUUCCGAGCCGCAGGCUCGUGCGUGCUUGGAUCGCCUGGCGACACUGCUCCAGGCGCAGUUGGACUCGGAGGACGAGCAGGCGCUCUCCCAGGCAAUCGAAUUGGCACAAGGUAGGCUCAUGCACGACGGACUAACAUUAAGUAAAUAGAAAAAUCAAUAGCAUGAAUGAAUUAGUCAAGACUGACUAUCGAUGAUAUUAGGAAAGUAGACCUAUGGUUGCGCUAUAUUUUUGCGCACUACGUACCAGGUAUCAGCAAAGACAGCCCUCUUGGUCAGAUGCUGCGGGACGAAAUGGCCGUGAAGCGACUAGUGACACUUCAGUUGCGCAAAGCACUUGCGGCGGACGCGGGGAAUGAUCGAGAAAAAACACUCGCGCUGCUUUCCCAAGCACUGAUGGCGGCCCGUCAGCAUCAACAAGAUGAUAAAGUCGCGGAGUAUAAGGAGGCUUUUGCGCGUUGGCGAACUCUGAAUUAUGGAAGGCGUUUUUUUUCAUCUACAUCGUCUUCGACGAGUAACAUAUUUACACACGUAGCUCCACGUUUUGUUCUGACGUAGGAUACACAGGGGAAUGAAUUCGUGAACGAUUCGGCACGAAGCAGUAGACUGAAGGUCUACGAUGUUGAUGAGAUGCUGCUACGCGAGGUUCUGCUUGUGGUGUAGUAGAGCCGGUUCGUCCUGCAUUUUUGCGCUAACUGAAGCUGGAGAAAAUGCGAGCGGUAUUGGGAACUCGCUUGGACCAAGCUGUGCUCUUUCAGGAUAUUCAGGCGCUCAUGGGUGUUGUUAGUUACGGCGAGGAACUAGCAGCAGAGGCCGCGAAAGAGGGGGUCAAUUACAAUGUGGACCAAGAUCUGCCACAAUUGCGCGCCGCACGCGAGGCAUCGGGUCGCGUCAUGGGCGAUCUAUUGCGAAAAGCCGUCCGCAGCGAGUCAGAACAGCGGAUCUCCACGGUGUUGUCGCAGUGUCGACAAUUCAGCCUGGUGAAAGCGGUCGGCGGUGCCUACGAGGAGGCAAAGCGCGCACUGGAAGUGGACCUGCCGCACAAAAAGUGCUUGCGCAUGCUCGAGGAAGUAGUCAUGCAGACCGUCGUGGCAGAUUCAGCGGCGCAGGGGUCGCGCCGUCCUAGCGGCGCAGACCUGAUAGUUAUGUUCCUGAGAUUUUGAUACGCCGCCUAGGAGGUAGAAAAGUAGUCGGGAUUUCUUUUUCUCAAAUUUGAAAAAAAGCGAAGAAGCCAAGGCCAGUGUAGGUCUGUUACUGGUACUGACGCGACGUUAACAACUACCUACAACUCAUAGAACGGCGCAUGAUGUGCCUUUCAUUCAACACGAGGAAAAGAUGGGUCGCGCGCUGAAUCUGGCUGUUUCCCUCAAGUUGCAGGAUCAUGUGCUCUACACGCAGGCGAUUGAGGCCUACCGUACGCAGCGCAACCUUCCGAAAACUUGGGACGUUCUCCAGUUUCUGCGCAAAGAUGAGGCCUGGAAACCGGAUAUCACAGCGGAAGGGCGCAUUCGCCAAGUUUUUCAGGACUUGGUCGAUGCCACCUUUGUCCGAAAGUACACGCGCGAUCGUAAGGGACAAGUCGUUCCGCAGUCAUUGCGUGUCAUGAAAGUGAUCCAAGUGCAGCAGCCUAGCAACUAUCUGAACUAUGUCUGUCGCCGGGACGAAAUUUUUGGGAAAAUCACUAACAAAUCGAAUGCCAGUGCGAGCUCGCUCAAAGGAUCGAUACGCGGAUACAAUACUCUAGACGCACAGGGUGUAAAAACUUUUCGCGCACGGCAGCAAUGGGCCGAUGCGCUCGGGCUGGACGAAGAGCCGAUCGCACCAGGUUUGAACGAGUUUUAUCUCUGGCACGGGACACGGCCAGAGGCGGCGCACGCGAUCACGAAUGCGGAUUUUCGCGUGGAUCUUGCUGGCAGCCAUGCUGGAACCCUCUACGGACGUGGCGUUUACUUCGCAGAAGCAUGCUCCAAGUCCGACGAAUACACGGAAGCGGACACGAACAAGUACACUGGUUAUGCUUACCAAACUUGAUAGAUCAGGUUGGUGGAUCAGGUCUUGUGAGUGAUUAUUUGCAUGCAGUGUUGUGUUCAUCAAGCUGACAAUAUUCAUAAUGUUAAUCAUCUAUGUACGCCGCCCGUUUUGCACCUGCAGCAUCUGCUGCGCACAAGGUCAUCCUUGUGCUUUGCUUUCAUUACAAAACGAAUGGACUGCGGCCGCUUUUGCUGUGUCGCGUGUCGUGCGGAAAUGUGCUUUAUACCGAUCAAAUGCACCCAAACGUGGAUGAUUUAGUGAAGCAGUGCACACGUGGAGAGUACAACUGCGUUCUUGGGGAUCGAGAAAAGUGUCGGAAUACUUUCCGAGAGUUUAUCGUCUACGACAAUCAUCAGUGCUAUCCGGAGUACAUCAUCUGGUACUCGAGAAGUAGUUGAUGUAGCACUACAAACAGACCGUCGUGGGCGACAGGAAGAAAGUGAGUUUACUUCUGGAAAUCUUACCUUCGCACUAAUUGAAUGAAAUCUUACUUCCGAGCGGAUGCGGUAUCGACGUUUGAAUGGAGUCCUCGAUUUCUUUAGAACGUAAGUAAAAUUUGAGGCCAAUAUUGAUACUCAUUGAGAGACAAAUGCAUGGCGUCCACAACUGGCAAAAAGCCUAGUUUAAAAGACGAGAAAGUCUGGCAUUGUGCGGAUGGACAUGCCUGGACCGUUGAAAGACGUUAUACGAGAGAGAAAGCCGAGGGCGCUAGAGGAACGAGUGGUCACAAGAGAAGAGAGGAACAUCUCCAGAAAACUCUUGAG